UGCUGUCAGUUUGAUUAAGCCCUUUUCUGCAAAGUCAGCAAGACGUUCGCUGCUUUUUGGAUCUUUUCAGACCCUCGUCGAUCACGGCUGACUUAUUGUUCUGCACUCUGGUGCCCCAUCUUUUAUUUCGGAAUAGAAGAUCUUGUUGUGGGUAAUCCAUGCAACAUGAGUUUGGAGGCUACUAAGGACGAUCAGCAACGACGCUGCUUGCACAUUCUCAUCACUGGUAGCUCCCAAGGCGUUGGAUUGGCUGCCGCCAAGCAGUUGAUUGCCGAGGGCCACACGGUGUAUCAUGCCUGUCGAUCCGACGCUCGAGCCCAACACGCCGCGGAACAAGCUGGCGGUGGUGUCGCCCUCAAGGCGUGCAAUCUCUCGGACUUUGACUCCGUCAAGGCGUUUGCGCAAGAUGUCCAAACGCGAGUGCAUCGGUUGGAUGUGGUGUGUCUCAAUGCCGGCAUGUCUCCUUCCACUAGCAUCCAGGAGCCUCCCUUUUUGACGCAACAAGGAUACGAGCCGACCAUUGGGGUGAAUCAUUUGGGACACUUUUUGCUGGCACACUUGCUUCUAGACAAACUGAUGGCAUCCGCAGAGAAUCCUCGAUUGGUCCUCACGGCAUCGUCUGUCCACGAUCCUUCUCUAAGAGCAGGACAAUCCGGAGGCAAGACGGCCACCUUGGGGGGUUUGAGUGGAUUGGGUGUCAAUCUGAAACAAAAUCCUCAGGGACCCACCAUGGUCGAUGGAUCCACAGAAUACUCUGGUGCCAAAGUCUACAAGGAUUCCAAAUUGUGCAAUAUACUCAUGUGCCGACAAGCCGCCACCGGAGAAUUAUUCCCCAAAACCCUCACCACCUGUUGCUUCAAUCCAGGAUUUGUCCCUACCACGGGACUCUUUGAAUCUCUGCGGCAGGAAUCGUGGUGGAAGGCGAAAGCAUUGACACUCUUGGCCAGCAUUAUAGGAUUCUCUAUUCCCGUGGAGGUCGCCGGGGCCAGGCUAGUCACCAUGGCGACCCAUCCCGAUAUCCCAAAUGGAUCCUACUAUUGUGCGGCGGACAAGUCCAAGGGGGCCACGCCAGAGGAAGGAUUCGUCGUGACAAACGUAUCGGAGGACGCAUCCAAUGAUGCCCUGGCGGAAGCAUUGUGGAAGAAAUCCAUGGAGAUUGUCAAGCCGUGGUUGGAAUAGUCUAGAGCAAAAAAGUUCCCAACGAAAGUAGAAGCCCACAAACGUGGCCCCCCAGGCAAUGGAGCACGGAUAUGAAUGCGAUUAUCGUAGAAUUACUUAAUGAUUCGAUUCGAUUCG